CCCAUGGAACAGCUGAUGGACCCCACUUCCCAUACUCUCACGGGUUCUCUAGAUCUCCACAAGUGGUGUUGAGCUUCAGUUGAUGUUUUAUAUGUAUUUAUUCCAAUGGCUAUGAAUCCAAUGGAACAGCUGAUGGACCACACUUCCCAUAACAAGCAGAGCAGGAACGGGUUCUAUAGAUCUCCUCAAGUGGUGUUGAGCUUCAGUUGAUGUUUUAUAUGCGUGAUGAUGCGUGUCGUGCUCUCGGCUCUGCUGCUCUCUCAGGUUUGCUGUGAUAUCGAUCUGGAUGGUUACUGGAUGUCCUGGAAAAUUGAGUUUAAUAAAGACUACACUAGUGAGAGCGAAGAAGUAUACAGGAGAGUAAUUUGGGAGCAGAAAUUUUCAGAAGUCAUGAAGCACAAUAAAGAAGCUGCAGCAGGAAAACACACCUACACCUUGAGGAUCAACCACCUCGCAGAUAUGACAACAGAAGAAGUCAAUGCUAACCUGAAUGGUCUGAAGUUAGAGAAGUUAGGGCAUUUAUCUCCUGAUGUUGCUAAUGAGAACUUCUUGAGUGGUUUCCCCCUCCCUCCCAGUGUGAACUGGACUGAGGAUGGAUUUGUCACCCCGGUGAAAGACCAGGGGAAAUGCAACUCGUGCUGGGCUUUCAGUGCAGUGGGAGCUUUAGAAGCUCAGAUGAAGAAAAAGAAAGGUCGACUGGUUCCUCUGAGUGUUCAGAACCUGGUGGACUGCAGUUUCGGGGAGGGAAACGAAGGCUGUAACGGAGGACUCAUGACUAAUGCCUUUAACUACAUUAUAAACCACAAUGGAAUCACCAAGGAGUCGGAAUACCCUUAUAAAGAAAAGAAUGGGAGCUGCGAUUAUCAUUAUCGCCAUAAAUACGGACGCUGUUCUGGUUUCCGCGUGCUUCAGCGUUAUAGCGAGUACGAGCUGCAGAAGGCAGUGGCUAACAUCGGACCCGUGGCAGUGGGAAUUCAUUCCAACCAGAGCACGUUUCAUCUUUACGGGCAGGGUAUUUAUAAUGACUAUUCAUGUGUUGGUCAUCAAAUAAACCAUGCUGUCCUGGUAGUUGGAUAUGGAAAAGAAGGAGGGCGACAAUACUGGCUAAUCAAAAACAGUUGGGGUCCUAACUGGGGUGAGGGAGGUUAUUUACGACUGGAGAGAAACAAGAACAUGUGUGGAAUCGGCAUCUAUAGUGUCGUCCCCACUGUCUGAGCUCUUUACUCUACUUGGAUCAGGUCUCUUGCUAGUAUGGACUGACUGCGAAUGUUAAUGUGUGUUACGUUGAUUUGUAUUGUACUGAUGGAUGUGAUAAGAAAACAUUUAUUCUUGUAAUGAACAAAAUGCUGAAUUGUCCACAUUGUAUAACAUUAAACCCGGUGCAUAAAUCAUUGUAAAUACAAUGUUUUUAAUCCCAA